AUGAAUGUGAAUCCUCAUUUGCAGUUCUUGCAACAGCACCAACAGCAACUGCAAAACCAACAACAACAAAGCCUGUCACCUCAAAUCACGCAAUUACAAUUACAACAACAACUUCAAAGACAACAAUUACUAAGUCAGCAGUUGCAACAGCAACAGCAGCAACAACAACAACAAGCUCAGCAAAUUGGAACUCCUUUAUCACAACAUCAACAUAUAACAAAUCCGUUAUUGGCUGCUUUGAAUAACGGAAAUAACUCUCAAUCUAAUAAUAAUACCCAAAGUUUAAGUUCCAACCCUGUAUUACAACAAUUACAACUUCAGCAAUUACAGCAACAACAACAACAGCAACAACAGCAACAGCAACAACAACAACAAGUGUCACAACAGUCGCAAACAUUAAGAUCAUCUCCUGUGAUUAAAGAAGUCUGGGCAUCAAAUUUAGAAUACGAAUUCAAUAACAUACGAAAAUUUAUUGAUGAUAAGAAUUCUAUAAUAUAUGCGUCCAUCCAUCAAGAAACUCCUGGAAUAGUAGCUCGUGCUAUUGGAUCAUUCAAAACAAAUACUGAUUACCACUUUCAAACUAUAAGAUGUAAUUCUGAUUUAUUAAAUUUAAUUCAGUUUAGCAUAUGUUUUAUAAAAGUAUCGAAUAAUAAUCAAGUCAGUAAUUCCAUCAUUUGGCAAUUUAAUUUUAGUUAUGAUUUAAUGAAAGAGAUGUAUAAUGAAGAACAUUUAGCCAUGUUAUCACAACAAUCCAUAAAUUUUUCACUACAUAUGUCACAAGGUAUAAAGCAUUUUGAGUUUGCAGAGUUAUUUAUAGACAGUGGGUUACUAUUAACAGAUUCGAUCAAUUGGAUUUCGUUCCAUUCAGGUUAUGAUUUGGGUUACUUACUAAGCUUGUUAUUGAAUGAUAGUUUACCCGUUGAUGAAUAUGAUUUCUAUACAUGGUGUAAUUUGUAUUUUCCCAAUUUUUUCGACUUAAAAUAUGUUAGCAAUCAAAUAUUAAGUGAUGAUCAACAAAAUCGAUCAAAUAAACCAUCAAUUGAGUAUUUAGCUGAAGAAUUACAAUUGUUGCCCAUAUCUCCAAACAUCCGUCAAUUAUUUAAUGGAGCUUCUACAAAUUCGAGUAACAGCAGUCAAUCUCAACAACAGCAACUGUUGACAUCCACAUUACACGCAUACUUGUCAAUGGAAUGUUUUAAAGAGUUAUUGAAACGAUCAAAUUAUGAUUCGAAUGAAUUGUUGAAAUACAAGGGGUACAUAUGGGGUUUAGGUUCAUUCAAUGAGACAUCAGAAGAUUCAUCAAAUUCAAACGUCAAUAUUCAUAAUUUGAGUCAUCCUAUAAAUAAUGGUAUCGCUGCUCCAUCUACUCCAAGCACUGCAAAAUCUGGUUUGGUACAUUUUGGAAGAAUAUAG